AUGGAGUCUCUACGAAGCUUACAGCUCCAUCACCAGCCACUCCACCUUUCUUUCACUCACUCAUCUUCAUCCUUCCUGAAACACCCAACAUUUUCCCCUUUCAGACCAUUAAUCCGACCAAACUCCUCUUUCAAGCACACCCCAAUCAAAGCUUCCUCCUCCAAACUUCAAAACCCUAUCACCCCUCUCCAAAAGUCAACACCUUUCCGUCUCUUCAAGUCCACAUGCAUCACUCUAACAACCGCCGCCGCCCUCCUCUUCCUCAACCUCCAGAUCAAAUCUCCGGCGAUUGCAGCUCCCGUCGCACCUCCUCCAUCAACAGAAAUCACAUUGGAAGAAGAAGAGAGAGCCCUCGAACAGCAUCUAGCAACACACCCUCCUGAUGUAGACUCUCUUCGAUCCCUUAUGGAGGUAAAGAUCAGAUCUCGAAAGCUCACAGAAGCCAUAGAAGUAGUCGACCGUUUGAUAAAACUAGAACCCGAGGAACCAGAAUGGCCUGUCCUUAAAGCUAACAUCUUUACAUACAGUGGAGAGAUAGACUCAGCUAAAACUUCAUUCGAAGAGAUUCUCGCUAAAGACCCUCUUCGUGUCGAAGCUUAUCACGGCUUGGUCAUGGCUUAUUCCGAUGCAGGUUUGGACUUGAAAGAGGUGGAGAGUAGGAUUGAGGAAGCGAUGGUGAGAUGCAAAAAGGAGAAUAAUCACAAUGAUUUUCGAGAUUUUAAGCUUCUUGUGGCACAGAUUCGGGUGAUUGAAGGGAAGCAUGGUGAAGCAUUGAAGCUUUAUCGAGAGCUUGUGAAAGAGGAGCCAGGGGAUUUUAGACCGUAUCUUUGUCAAGGAGUUAUAUACAUGUUGUUGAAGAAGAAAGACAAAGCAGAGGUACAGUUUGAUAAGUUUAGAGAGCUUGUCCCUGAGAAUCACCCUUACAGAGAGUAUUUUAUGGAUAAUAUGAUUGCGUCCAAGCUUUUCUCGGAGAAGACUCAGCGUGAGAUGGCUGGAUCAGAGAGUUGA